AUGGAAGAGAAGGCCACAACAUUGCUUUUUCACUGCGAUUACUGUGGGUUCGGAGCCCUAAGCAAGACGGGGCUCUUAUCCCACAUUCGUGCCAAGCAUCGUUCCCCAGAAGAACCGCCACGAGCAGUGACACCACGGCCCACAUUAUAUUGCCCAAUAUGUCUCAGACCCAUGGGCAACGCUGGAGGACUGGCAAGCCACAUGAAAUACAAGCACCCCGGCGAACAGAAUACUAGAGCACAAGACCCAAACACAAGCACACCAAAACUCCCCAAGAGAGAGAGAGAGGACCCCCCUACCUUGCACGCCACUCCUAUAAAGCAGGAAAAAGAUGAAGCAGAAUUGCCCCAUCCUAAAAAGCGUAUGAGAACGGAGGCUUCUUCCCCGACGGACGGGCAGCUAAAGAACGAGGGAGCCGCCCCCCUACCGCCCGAGCGGCGGAGAGAGAUACAAUGCUUGGUGUGUUUGAAAUGGUUCGCUUCUCUUGAAUCCGUUCGACCGCACUGCCGCCGCUAUCAUGAGGGCCACGGGGUUCCUGUAACGGUAAAACGCCGGCGGCUCCAUGAGGAUGCUCCUGAUGACUUGACUCUGUCUGCCUUCUCGUGCCCCCCGUGCGGAUUCCAGUGCCACAGCAAACAUGGACUCACAAGGCACCGUAUAGCCAGCCAUGGAUUCAGGCCGGGCGUAGUGAAACCUAACCAACAUGGACAGUGUGAAGAGACGGGCAUGCACCUAUUGAGCUGCCCCGUAUUAAAGAGUCUACGCUGUCACUUUGGGGUGGAUGAGGGCGACAUGUGGAAGUUAUGCUUCAUGAAGGAGUUCGCCACAUACCUGCUGGAAGUGAAAAGGCUUUGUCCCCAACGGCCUUCCCCAAUAAAACAGAUGCCAACCAUAUAG